AUGGAUUCGUCGCCGUCGCCCUUACUCACUGGAGCAGGAGCACAACAGGCCAGUGACUAUGUCAACCCCGCGACGGCGUACGGGACGUACUCGUCGUAUCAGCGCAUGGUCGAGGUGCGGUCUCCCGAGCCGGCAGAGAUGAGCGGCUCGAGUCUCAGCUCGUUGAAGAAGUACGCGUGCCAAUUCGACCCUGGAUCCAAGAGCGGCCGAGUUCUGGUCAUGAUUUUCGACCGCAAGGGGAGGCCGACACUGAAGGAAAUGAGUCGCCACGAGGUGCUUCGGAUGACUCAGGAGGCUGCGGAGCCUAAAGAGGACACUUCACCGGAAGAAAGCGCGCCCUUGGAGUCGGAGAAGAUGUCGCCGCCAAUUCGCCGACGUAGCAGUUCUACCGCUGCCAAAAUCUGGCGCCUUGGUCUCCAGCCCCGAGCAGGAAUAAAUGUAUUAACGAUCUCUGCGUUGCAGCGCGUCCACUCUCGUGACAUUCGCAAGAUGGAGAACGCUUUCUCAGUGACCAACGAGCCCCGUAUUGUCGUCCGAAAGCAAGCAAUUCUCAUCAGUGCUGAUCCCUUGAGAGCAAUCGUCUUGAGAGACGUGUGUCUGGUGUACGUUCCCGACGGUGCGGACGCUCUCCUCUCGGUGUUGAAGGCCAAGUUUAUCGAGACCGCGCGCGAGGACGACGCUCCAUUUGAGUUCAGGGCGUUGGAGGCGCUGCUGUCGACACUCUCGCGCUACUUCCAGUCCCAAUACGAGCAACUGUCCCCCGGUGUAGUCCGAGCUCUGGACAGCCUCAUGCAAGGGGGCUUGAAUUCACGGGAGCUCGACAAGCUGCGCGAGUUCAAGAACGCCAUCAACGAGUUCGAGGCUCAAGUGGACGGCGUGCGCCGUGUGCUCAUGGUUCUGCUGGACAACGAAGAAGAUCUGCGUCUGCUGUACCUCACUAGACUGUACAACGAGCCCAACCUGCUCUCGGACCUCUGGAGCAUCGACUCGGAGGAGAUCGAAGUUCUGAUCGAGAACUAUCUCCAGGACAUCUUCUCCACGCGCACCAAGGCCGAGCUGAUGCAGCACCGCAUCUCCAACACCGAGAGCCUCGUCAUGAUGCAGCUCGACUCGGUGCGAAACUACCUGCUCGGGGUGGACGUGAUCUUCUCCAUCGUGGUCAUCAGCCUCUCGGUCGGCACGUUCAUUGCCGGCGUGUUCGGCAUGAACCUCCAUUCAGGCCUCGAGUCAGCCGACGGGUGGUUCCUGGGCGUCGUCAUCCUCACCGUCUCCAUCUUCGUCGUCAUGACUAUCACCGGCGUCUUGUACUUCAAAAGCAAGGGCGUCCUGUUGCAGUAG